AUGGCUGCACAUACUGGAGCCGCGAACAUAAUGCUAUCAGCAGCCGGAUAGUUAGGAUAUAUUUGAAUGUUUUGAUCCACAGCGACUGCAGCAAUCAUUAUAUGGAACUAUUGCCUUCUAUUCCAUUUCCGACUGCUCGUCAUGGCCGACUUAUAUUUAUGGAUACGUUCACUGUGGUUGCAAUAAAAACACUACAGCAAUCUUCGUGGGAUACAAACCGAAUAUAGAGCAGUAAUUACAGAGAGUCUAACGUUAGUAACGUUACAGUGCUGGUUGUUGCAUUUGACUCAGACCCUCGUUAAUACCGUUACUUUUGUCGCUUUACAUCAAGGGCACAUUUUCUUUGACUUUUUGCAGUCUGCAUGCUGAAUGUUGAAGUAGCGAGGUAGCGCCACACGGCUGCUGAGAGGAAACAUCACGGAGUGUUACGCCAUGUUGAAACUUCAGUCAAGACACAACAACAAGAAACAAGGAUGAACAAGAAGAAGGAUAAAGGGUUUGAGAGCCCGCGCCCAUUUAAAUUGACCCACCAGGUGGUGUGCAUCAACAACAUCAACUUCCAGAGGAAGUCUGUCAUUGGCUAUGUUGAGCUGACCAUUUUCCCCACGGUGGUCAACCUGAAUAGGAUCAAGCUAAACAGUAAACAGUGCCGCAUCUACAGAGUCCGAGUCAAUGAACUUGAAGCACCAUUCAUUUACAAUGACCCCACACUGGAGGUGUGCCACCAUGAGUCCAAACAGAGGAACCUCAACUAUUUCUCCAGUGCCUACACUGCAGCAGUGAGUGCUGUGGAUCCUGAUGCAGGACAUGGGGAGCUCGUCAUCAAAGUGCCCUCUGAACUGUGGAAACAGGGAGACGACUUAAAAGUUUUAAAGGUGUACAUAGAGUUUUCCCUGGACCAGCCAAAAGGAGGUCUCCACUUCGUUGUUCCAGAUGUGGAAGGCAGCAUGGCCGAGAGAGGAGCUCAUGUGUUCUCCUUUGGAUACCAGAACUCCACCAGAUUCUGGUUCCCCUGUGUAGACUCCUACUCAGAGCUGUGUACAUGGAAGCUGGAGUUCACCGUGGAUGCUUCCAUGGUGGCAGUGUCCUGUGGCGAUCUGGUGGAGACAAUCUACACUCAUGACAUGAGGAAGAAGACUUUCCACUACAUCCUCCCCAUCCCCACUGCGGCCCCCAACAUCUCCCUGGCUGUGGGGCCCUUUGAAAUCCUUGUAGAUCCCUACAUGCAUGAGGUGACCCACUUCUGCCUGCCACAGCUGCUGCCACUGCUCAAACACUCCAUGUCUUACCUGCAUGAGAUUUUUGAGUUCUAUGAGGAGAUUCUCACAUGCCGCUACCCCUAUUCCUGCUUCAAGACUGUGUUUGUGGAUGAGGCCUAUGUACAAGUGUCCUCCUAUGCUUCCAUGAGUAUCUUCAGCACCAACAUGCUCCACAGCGCUAUGAUCAUAGACCAGACCCCGCUGACACGUCGCUGUCUGGCCCAAGCCCUGGCUCAGCAGUUCUUUGGCUGUUUUAUCUCCAGGAUGUCAUGGGCUGAUGAGUGGGUGUUGAAGGGAAUCUCAGGCUACAUCUACGGCCUCUACCUAAAGAAGACCUUUGGAGUGAAUGAGUACCGGCAUUGGAUCAAAGAGGAGUUGGACAAGAUUGUGGAGUAUGAACUAAAGAUGGGAGGGGUUCUGCUGCACCCAACCUUCAGUGGAGGCAAAGAGAAGGACAAUCCAACUCCCCAUCUUCACUUCUCCAUCAAGCACCCCCACACGCUGUCCUGGGAGUACUACAAGAUGUUCCAGUGUAAGGCCCACCUGGUGAUGAGGCUGAUAGAAAACAGGAUCAGCAUGGAGUUCAUGUUGCAGGUGUUCAACAAGCUUCUGAGCCUGGCUAGUACAGCCUCUUCCCAGAAGUACCAGAGUCACAUGUGGAGCCAGAUGCUUCUGUCUACUCACGCCUUUCUCAAAUCCAUCUCCAACGUCUCAGGCAAAGACAUAGGCCCCCUUAUCAAACAAUGGGUAGACCAAAGUGCUGUGGUGAAAUUCUUUGGCAGUUUUGCUUUCAAUAGGAAGAGGAACGUGCUGGAGCUGGAGAUCCGUCAGGACUACACAUCAUCUGGAACUCAGAAAUAUGUGGGUCCCAUCAAAGUGACUGUGCAGGAGCUGGAUGGAUCCUUCAACCACACGCUGCAGAUCGAGGAGAACAGCCUGAAACAUGACAUCCCCUGUCAUUCCAAGAGCAGACGAAACAAGAAAAAGAAGAUCCCUUUGAUGAAUGGAGAGGAAGUUGACAUGGAUUUAUCGGCCAUGGAUGCUGACUCUCCUCUCCUCUGGAUCCGGAUUGACCCGGACAUGUCCAUUCUGAGGAAGGUGGAGUUUGAGCAGGCUGACUUCAUGUGGCAGUAUCAGCUGCGCUAUGAGAGGGAUGUAGUUGCACAGGAGGAAGCCAUCUCAGCACUGGAAAAGUUCCCAACUCCUGCCUCCAGACUGGCUCUGACAGACAUCCUCGAGCAAGAACCGUGUUUCUACAAAGUCCGCAUGCAGGCAUGCUUCUGUUUGGCCAAGAUAGCUAAUGCCAUGGUGAGCACGUGGCAGGGCCCGCCGGCUAUGAAGUCCCUGUUUACACGAAUGUUCUGCUGUAAGAGCUGCCCCAACAUUGUCAAGACCAACAACUUCAUCAACUUCCAGAGUUACUUCCUGCAGAAGACGAUGCCUGUUGCCAUGGCAUUACUUAGAGAUGUCCAGAACCUCUGUCCCAAAGAUGUCCUCAACUUCAUCCUUGACCUGAUCAAGUACAACGACAACAGAAAAAACAAAUUUUCAGAUAACUACUACCGUGCACAUCUGAUUGAAGCACUGACCAACUCUCUGACCCCAGCCAUCAGCAUCAACAACGAGGUGCGGACCGUGGACAAUUUGAAUGCUGACGUCCGUUUUAUCUUGGAGGAGAUCACACGAUUCCUCAACAUGGAGAAGCUGCUGCCGAGCUUCAGAAACACCAUCACCGUCAGCUGUCUGAGUGCGAUUCGCGAGCUUCAGAAGAACGGGCAUAUUCCCAGUGACGCGUCACUCUUCAAGUCCUACGCUGAGUACGGACACUUUGUAGAUGUUCGCGUCGCUGCACUGGAGGCUCUGGUGGACUACACUAGAGUUGAAAGAAGCUCAGUGGAGCUGCAGUGGCUGCUCAACAUGGUGCAGAAUGAGCCAGCUCAUUAUGUCAGACAUAAGAUCCUGGGGAUGCUCUGUAAGAAUCCACCUUUCACCAAGACAACAGACUCUGCUCUGUGUAAUGAAGCUCUGGUCGACCAGCUGUGGAAACUUAUGAACUCAGGUACCUCCCAUGACUGGCGGCUGCGUUGUGAUGCUGUGAACCUCUACUACACAUUGUUUGGUUUGACUCGGCCCUCCUGCCUGCCCCUGCCUGAGCUGGGCCUCGUGCUCAACCUGAAGGAGAAGAAGGCUGUCCUAAACCCCACCAUCAAGCCUGAGCUGGGGGUCGGCACUGUGAUGGACACAGCUGUCAGUAUAGGCAUCCAUGGUGUCGGCAUGAGCUACGCAGCAGUGGAUGAAGAGCCUGAUCCCAUUUCAUUAGGGGUGUGUGGGGUGGGCCAGCCCCCCCAGGGCCUGAAAAGGAAGGCUGAAACCCCACUGGGCUCUCCUCCAGAGCCAGGACAGAUACUGCAGCAACAGGAGGAUGAGGGGAGAGGAGGGCGCUACAAGAUCAGGUUCAACACAAUGGAAGAAGAAGAUAUUGAUAUGGAGACGGUUCAUGAUAGUCAGGCCUUCAUUCACCAUCAUCUCAACCUGUUGGAGAGACCGUCGACACCAGGUAAAGAGCCACCGUCCGUGGAGCAGUCCAUGCUCUCUAUGCCUGCCACGCCCGUCCCGACCUUCUCCAAAGAGACCACCUCCUCGUCCUCCAAACACGGCGGGGAACAUGGCCACCACCAUCACCACCACCAUCACGAGCACAAGAAGAAGAAGAAGAAGCACAAACAUAAACACAAGCAUAAGCACAAACAUGAAAGCAAGGACAAGGAGAAGGACAGAGAGAAGGACAACUCCCAUGCCUACAGUAACAGCCCGGCCAGCGGCAGGUCGCUGCGCUCGCCCUCUUUGUCGGACUGAACAUCUGGAGGCCAGUUCGCUUUCCAACUGCUAUUGGUUCAGUCGUGGUUAACAGGUUACAGCCAUCUGAGCACGGAGACACAGAAUGGAAAGCAAAACAUGUUUAGUUUAUCUAAAUAUUCAGUACUCGUGGUAUUAUCAUAGAGGAAGACUCAUUUGGACAACGUGUAAUAAAAUGUAAUGCUCAGUUAAACGCCACUGAUGCAGAGACAGCAGCCACACACACACACACACACACACACACACACAGACACACACACACACACACACACACACACACACACACACACACACACACAUACAGACAGCUUUCAGGAGUUUGAGGAGUUGCAACCACAUACACCCCCCCCCCACAGAGACACUCUGGUGUGCCUCACCCCACAGCUCAGUUCCCUUCAGUUCAACAUGUUGGUGCUGCGGCUUCUUCUGGACUUACUAACAACAUUCUCCUGUUUGCCCUGGAAAUGAAACAGGAAUCUUCUGUACAUUUUUUACUGUACAAGUGAAACUCAAGUAAUAUUAGUAUGUUUUUUAAGAUAUGUCAUUGUUGACAAUGAAACACUUUUGUCUUCAUGAUUGUUUUAACUACAUUGAGUCCAUGUAUGGCUGUGUUUACUCUGGCACGGUCUCUUAGCUUUGAUUAGUUUAAAACAAUGAACACAACGUGCAGAAUUCAAUAUUCCCCAUUUAGAUGACCAGAAGGGGAUCCAAAUUGUAAUUCAAAAGGUUAAGGAAAAAACAUUCUUGCCGACUUGCCUGAAUAAAACAAUAAACGUUCAUGCAAAGAUUCUUGACAUUGGUUAAAUAGUCCCUGUCGGCAUAAAUGAUUACUUGUGCGUGAAUUCUCCGGGGACCCUCGUCUCCAGUGUGUUGAUGUUGUGAAACCUUCUUGGGAUUACAAAGUGUUGACCAGGUGUUUAAAAUACUUGCUUCCUCUUGUUAAACACAAUAAUCUCCUGAAAGCUAUGACACAGUAUUGCUUUCACAAGUGUAGGAGAUGCAAAGAAGUCAUGACAGACAUGUAGAGAUAACAUUUAAAGUAGAAUUCACAAGCUUUGUUGGAAAUGAAUGAUGCUUAAUUUAGGAGCGUGGCUCAAAUGUUUUCUUCUUUAAAAAUUAAAGUAGAAUCUUUCAUUUUCGUUUUCGUUCAAGACUUGUUGAUUUAAUUUUUUUUUUAAUAAAUUGAGUGAAAUAA